AUGCCGCAUGAUUGUUACUCUGAAAAUGAAGGCAAAAGUCAUAGGCAUAAUGUUGUGAAGAUAUGUUAUUUGUUUGCAAAGCUCUGCACCAUUCUGAAAAUUCCAGAGAAUGCUAAGCCAAUUGACUAUCACCUAUUAGCUCCCGCCACUGAAGAGUACACUAACAUAUCCAAUCCGUUAUCCAACAUUCCCCAAGAAUCAAUCAACGAGGAUAUCCGAAUCUGGAGAAGUAAUAUGAGAAAAAUUAGCUGUAAUCAUUUGGCAUUUGUGUGGGGAUUUAGAAGUGGGUAUACUGCUGGAAUGCUCAAGAGCAUGCUGCAAACGUCUCGUGACAUUUUCUCUGAAGACUUUGAUGUUCGGUUAGUAGAUAAGAGCUGCGCCAUUGUUGUUUUCCGCCAACCUGGGUUAUCUGAAACUUUCCUUGAUGUUGUGAGUAACGAAGACAUUUGUGGAUCUUUAAGGGAGAUGGUCUCAGAGGGCCUAAGAGCAACGAGUUACCAAACUUACAAGAGAGUCUGUAACUUGGGCUUAUGGGAGGCAGAUUUAGCAGACUCCUUGGACAAAGCUUUAGAACAUCCAGACUACAAUAUGGAAGCUGAUUCAACAACAAAUCGCAGAGAAAUUCUUUGGUCCACCGACUCCAUGAUCAAUUUCGAUGACCUCUAA